UUCUCCGCCGUCAAAUCUAACGGCGAGACCAACCUUUAAAGUUUUAACUUUAAAGUCUUUUUGGUUAGACGUCAAAGCUAACGGCAAUCAUCAAUCACCCUGGGCAAUUAUUGUCCUUUGGAGAGCUCCUCGUGCUCGUGCUCUCUCGCCACUCCUCAAUCUCGCCGGAUCCUCGCCGGGACUCCGCCGGCUACUCGACGGAGAAAGUGUCGAUGAUAUUCGAAGCGUAAAGGAUUGUUGCUUUCUCAAUAUAACAUCAAGAUCUGACUUCACAGUAGUACUAUAUAAUUAUUUGAGAGAGUCUUGGAAAGGUGUGAUGUUGCUUGGUCGAGAAGGCUCUGGAGCUUCAAGACAACAGAAAGGCAGUGUCCAAGGACAAUCUAGUAGAACUGAUCUCAAGGAAUUGUGUGAACUGGAUGGGGAUUGAAGAAUUGUGCGUUUAAUCAGCUUAGUGCUCAUUGAUCUCUUCUCAAAAGUGAAGAACGAUUGAUUAUUUGAGCCCUUCCAACUUUGUAUAUAUAGAGUACAUUGAAACAGCCAAGGUAAGAGAUCGAAUAAAUUACUAGUAAUUUUGAUGGAGAGCAACUUUAGGCUUGAGUCGCACGUAGCUCAGCGAAGCCGGCGUGACAAAUUGAGGGUUCACCAGAACAACUCAACAAUCAUCCCAGCCCAGUAUUUGGAACAGUUAUCUGUGAAUCAAGGUGUGAACCCGGAUCUUAGUGACGCUAGGUAUGCCAGCCAUAAUAAUAAUUUAUCAUAUGACCAGACUAUGUUUUCUUCAGAAAUGCUCAAUUUCAUGACAAGUAGUAAUUCACAAAUUCCAUUAGUUAGCCAUCAAGGUCAUUCAGCAGCUCCAGCUCAACCCGAUAGGUCAAAGGAUUCUUCAUUUACCAAUUUGUCACAAACAAUAAUCUCAUCAUCCAGUUUCAAUCCUUCAUCUAAAGUGAGUGGUGACCCACAAAUUAAUUGUAGCACUUGGAAAAGUAUUGGUUCCCAGCAAAGAGGUGAUUGGAUUUCUGCUAAUUAUUCGAGUGGAUCAACGGGCAUUGAAAGCAAUCAGAACCCAUUGUUUGUCGGAGAAGCUUUGUCGACACAGUAUAUGAAUAAGCCUAGUUACCACCAUGGUGUACAAUCAUCUUUAACCAGUCCAUCCAGUGAAAUUUCCAGUCAAAAUAGCCAAAAGCAUUAUGAGGAGAUGCGUUUUCAUUCUCCCCCACUCUAUGACCAAAAAACCCACCUCCAAGAGUUCAUUACCUCGGCUGGCAGUACUGCAACCCUGGGGCUUGAAAUGGCUUCUCUAGUACACCAGAAUAUCGGGGAAAUUGGCCGUGGUUCUUGGGGAAAUGGUGGGAAUGAGCUUCUUCUUCUUCCAACCUAUGGCGAUCAGUCCAACGUGGUAGGCCUUAGUGAUGCGUUUGCACGAACAAAUAGGCCGGUGGAGGGCUGCCAUGAUGAUCAUUGGAGUGGUGAAUUGGGCAUUCUAGCAAAUAAGGGUGACACAGAGUUGAGGACGUUUCCAAGUGAUUCUAAUACACAAGGCCUAUCUUUGUCACUUUCGCCCGUGCCACAGUUUAAAACACAUGGAGGUCUGCAGCUUGGGGAAAGAUGUGAAUCCGAACACGUGCGUUCUAGGACUGGUGUUUUCAAUGAUCUUCCUGAUUCUGAUACGUUAAAACCUGGUUAUUUAUGUUCAAACUCUGAACAAUCUAGUGGUGGUAAAGUUUUUGGGAUAAAUAGUACCAGUCAAGACAUGGUGGGGACUUCUAAUUUCACUCAUCGACACACCGGUCCUCUGGGGCCUUUCACUGGUUAUGCAACUAUCCUGAAGAGUUCUAAGUAUUUGAAGCCAGCCCAACAGCUGUUGGAUGAAUUUUGUGGUGUAAAUGGUCCGAAACCCAUCAAAACAUGUGAGGUGUCUGACAAGGCAUCGGUAGAAGUUAGGGUUUCAGUUGAUGCUGCUAAUGCUUCUGAAUCUGUGGUUGGAGCGAAGGGUGGUGACUCUGGUGUCUCAUCCUCCACAUUUUUUAGUUCAAAUGAAAUUAGUGGUGAAGCUGGAGUUGGGAGCAGCUCUAGUGAAUCUUAUGGGCCCGAAUAUCAACAAAAGAAAGCAAAGCUGUUAUUUAUGCAGGAGGAGAUUUGCAAAAGGUACAGACAGUAUCACCAGCAGAUGCAAAUGGUAGUUUCGUCGUUCGAAGCAGUGGCAGGUCUCAGUGCAGCCACCCCUUACAUUUCCUUGGCUCUCAAGACGGUCAUGAGGAACUUUCGGUGCCUAAAGAAUGCCAUCUCAGAUCAGCUCAAACAUAUAAGGAAAGCCUUGGGGGAGGAUUUAUCAUCACCUACCACUGGUGCAAGCAGUAGUAAAGGUGAUGCUAGCACAUCAAGGCAAAAGUUGUACGACUACAGGUUUCAAAAGGACAACCCUGGUGGGGGCAAUCUUGGAUUCUUUGAACCCCAACAUGUCUGGAGGCCCCAAAGAGGCCUACCAGAACGUUCUGUGGCUGUUCUUAGAGCUUGGCUGUUUGAUCAUUUCCUUCACCCGUAUCCCACAGAUACAGACAAGCACUUGUUGGCGACUCAAACAGGCUUAACUCGAAAUCAGGUAUCGAAUUGGUUCAUUAAUGCCCGAGUGCGUGUGUGGAAACCCAUGGUUGAAGAAAUACACAUGCUUGAAACCAAAGGAUCGGCAGAAGCAAACUCAAAUCCGGUUAAAAAUGAUGGAAAAGAAACCACCGGAGUUUCCAGCUUGCCAAAUGAGGAUCAAUGUCCCACAAACAGACUCGGGAUAAAUGCAAUGUCAAAUAACCAAGUGGACUGCUCUGACAUAGGAGAUGUACAGAGUAUUGCUAAGCAGUGGAAUCGCGAGAAGAGGUCAAGAAUGGACUGCCAUAUUCCAGGUAGCAUAGAUGGUUCGUUGAUGGGUAUCGGGACAUACCAGCAAAGCAGCAGAGGACUUGGAGCUGUGUCACUUACAUUGGGUCUGAGGCAAAGUGCAGAGAGUGCACAACAGCAACAGCAAUUGCAACAACAAGAGCAUCAGCUGAGGCAUCAUUUUGGAGGUCAGAUGAUUCAUGACUUUGUGGGUUAAAUUGAUGCUAGUUAGCAGCCUUUGGUCCAAUCUGAAAGGAAUAAAAGGUUUAAAGUGUUUGCAACAAGCAUUGAAGAGCUAAACUUCAAUGCUCUUUUGGUGGUGAAGAUUAGAUUGUUAAGAAGAGCAUAGAGCUAUGAAGAUGUGACGAUCAUGUUUUAAUAGGAGACAAAUAGAGAUAAUGCAUGUAAAGUGAUUUAAAGGUGAAGUAAGAUCCAUACUUCACCAAAAGAUGUUAUGAGCUUUCAAUGGGUAUUGGAGAAGAGGGGUAAUGCUACAUCUUCGAGCUCAUUUCAUUCCUCUUGAAACUCAUUUUCAUUUGUAUGGGUGUGUUCAAUGAUACUUUGUAGCUACUCUAUGAUGCAUUUAAGGGUAAAUUACAAUGAACUCCCCGAGAUUUGGUCUAAUUGCAAAUAAAUUUUGUCAUUUUAUUGUAAA